AAUUUUGCCCGUGAAUAAAAGCACAGCAACCCUCGUCGUUUCUCCGCUCGCCGCCGUUCCAGCAAUCAGAAACGAAACCCUAGACCCAGAGAUUUGGGCUUCUCUUGCUAAUGGAGUCUGCGCCACCUCCUCCGGCCACCGAAAGCCCCUCGCUGCCGUGCUGGAGCGCAGUUAUCCGGAAGACUUCCGCCUCUGCGGCUGAAGAACCCAUCCCCAGUCGGAUAUUUGGAAACUGCAACUCGAACAAGGGAAUUUCGGUCGCCGUUGUUGAUGCUAAUGCUAUCAUCCAUGGUGAUAAGCUCGUUGGCAGCGCGGAUAGUUUCGUCUCGGUUCGCGAAGUCCUAGAUGAGGUUCGGGACCCGGUGUCCCGUCAGAGGCUUGCGUUCCUGCCCUUCCAUGUUGAUAUCAUGGAGCCAUCCCCGGAGUCAAUCAAGAAAGUUGUUAAGUUUGCAAGAGAAACUGGGGAUUUGCAAACACUUUCAGAUGUUGAUCUUAAGCUCAUCGCCUUAACUUAUAUGUUAGAAUCUCAAAUACAUGGGACCCAUCAUUUAAGGGAAAGCCCACCCCCAAUUCAUGCGGUGAAUGUCAAAAACCUACAUGAGGCAGAAAUGCCAGGUUGGGGUUCCAAUGUGGGCAAUGUAGCAGAAUGGGAAGCUUUGGACCAAGAUGGAGAGGGAGGUGCAGAUAAUGGAUCUCGAAUUCUUCCAUUGAAAGACUUGAGCAAUGAUGUCAUUACUGCUUGUGGAUCUGAUGAACAACAACAGUCUUUUGCCAAACCUAGAAUUGUGUAUCCAAAGAAGGAGAUUAAAAUUGACGGGAAGCAAAUGGUUUCAGAUGGAAUAGAUGCUUCCCAAGGGCAAGAUAUGGACAAUGCUGAUGAUUGGCGGCCUGCUGUCAGCCGUAGCACCCACAGAAGAUAUUUAAGAAGACAAGCAAGACGUGCAUUUCAUGAUGCACAGAGAAAUGAGCAGUUAUGUAGUGAGGCUUCUACUGAAAUUGAUGCAUGCACAACUGAACUGGAUGAGCUAGAAUUAUUAAGCCAAACUGAAGGAAGCAUCGAGAAUUAUGCUGCAGAUGAUGGCAGCGUUGAGGCUGCUGUUGUAGAUGAAGUUAGUAUUGGGCCUGAUGCUCUAGAUGAAGCCAACACUCAGGCUUCUGUUGAUGAUGCCAGCAGUGAACAGAGUUGGAUGUUACGAUCGCUGUCUGAUUCAUCUGUGGCUUGUGUUACCAGUGAUUAUGCCAUGCAAAAUGUUAUCCUACAGAUUGGACUUCGUCUUCUGGCACCUGGUGGGAUGCAGAUUCGUCAAUUGCACAGGUGGGUACUAAAAUGUCAUGCAUGCAACAAAGUGACACAGGAGGUUGGGAGGAUAUUUUGUCCAAAGUGCGGUAAUGGUGGCACCUUAAGGAAGGUGUCUGUCACAAUUGGGGAAAAUGGGAUGGUUCUAGCUGCUCGAAGGCAACGUUUUAUCCUUCGUGGCACUAAAUUUUCACUUCCCUUGCCUCAAGGUGGAAGAGAUGCAAUCACAAAGAACCCUAUUUUACGUGAAGAUCAACUUCCUCGCAAACUUCUUUACCCUAAAACAAAGAAGAAAUCAAACAAAAAGGAGGACGUCUUCUUCAGUUCUGAUGAUAUUUUUUCACAUGCUGGUGAAGGCAGAGCUCCAUUCAGGCCUCCUGUGAGAAAAACAAUGGCUCUGUUCAGUGGGAAAAGAAAUCCAAAUGAUAACCAUUAUUCUCGCCCCAAGAAUUGAGAAUUGGUUUGGUCGUGAUCUGUAAUCCACUAUGACACAGUUAAGAGAUAUUCUCUCUUGGCUUUGAUGCCCCAAAUAUACAUUAGUGAUAACCACCAAACUCUCGAGCUCGGCUGUCAAAAGUAUUUUUUAAGCUUAAUGUAGAAGCAGCAGUUUUGAGUUUGUUUCAUGUUGUUUAGCUUUAAUGUAUUUGAGCGCUGAAUAAUUUAUGCAUACAUCCUAUUUUUUCUAGCCUUCAGUUUUGCAAGAUA